CCAAGUGCGAAUGAUGCUGAUGAUACCUCUUCAGUUGACGCUCAGGCGAGGAACAUCCUGGAAGGAGCGUCACUGACUACGUCCGUAGUCCUGUUAGAUCAUACUUGAUCAAGACAGUAUAGCUCUGGUUCCUUGCAAGUGUCCUAUUUUCUUACCUCCACGUUGGCUUGGUUUUCAUGAUGACCUAGCUGGUGGCCUGUGGAAACGGAUCGUAAACCUUUGACCACCGUGGGUCAAAGUCGAGACGGCUAAAAGAAAGGGGCGCGACAAUGUGGGAAAGGGAAGUAAUUUGUGAUUGUAGACGGUAUUGUUUUGAUUCGCAGUAUGUUGAGUCAACUGCUGUGGAUGUACCUGAACGUUGCAGAACGGGGUUUCCUCUCUCCUUUCCAUUUCCAGCUACCACCUAUCUUCUGUUUAUUUUGUUUCACUGAUUUUCUAACGCGGCUCUGUUUACUAUACUCCAUUUGAUUUCGAUUUUACUCAUUUGAUUCUCUUAUUUCUCAACGCUUUUUCACUCUAUUUUACCAAUUGAUGCUGCUGUAACAUACUUUCUGCUUUCCCUGCUUUCCCCCUUCCCAAUCAAUCAAUCAAUCAAUCAAUCAAUCAAUCCUUAAUUUGGCAGUCAAUUUUGUUUAUCAUGUGCCUUUUCUUUAUUUGUCUAUUUGAAUAAUUCAAUAUUCUUUUUGGGCCAAUAUUCAAAUUUGGGCCUAUAAAUUGCCCUCAAUACAAUCUAAGCUUGUUUUUUUACCUCUAUUUAUUAAUUAUUGUUAAUUUCUUUAUCUACUUCAUAAAUUACUAUCUUUCUUUUACUAUUGAUUCUUCAAAUAGUAUAUUUCUUUCACUGUCUAUUGUUUUCAAUCUUUACCCUUUUCUUCAAACAAAUGAGGUUCGAGCCCUUACUCAUUUUUUGGAGUGAUCAAAGAAUUAACAUAAAUAUUACUAUUGUACUUUGGAAAAACUUUUAUAAAAUGCUUAGGACCAAAAUUGUAACAAAACACCGCGACAAAAGAAAUAGCAACAUAAAAACACGACUCAACACUAGGAAAGAUUUCAGGAGAAAACAAAACACAGUAAAAUAACAACUAGUUUUUGAAUUCAAACUAAAAAUAAAACAGUUUUUGCUUUAAUGAAAGUUGUUAGGCACACUUUAAAUGGUUAGGCGCUUAUACUUACAUCAAACCCUACGUAAUGUACCACCCCCGGCCGAGUUAAAAUGCGUAACCGGAAAAGAAGGUGUGCAUGCCUGGCACGAACACUCAAAGCGUGUUCUAGCGUGCUGCUCGUACUGACUCAGAGCAAGGGUGAGAUGUAGGUGUAAGGGCAGUGCGUGUUCGUUGGGAACCUUGUGCAUAAGAUCGGUCAAGGCCCGUUCUUACACUGAAAAUUGCGAAUUGCGAAUCGUGAGAUAACCCAUUUCGGGGUUGGAACAAAUUUGUUUGCUCUCAUAGGGUGACUUAAAAAAAGUCCAAAAUUUCAAAAAGUGUUUGAAAUGUUUUCAAAAUGUAAAUAGUUGUAUCAGAAUAUGUUUCAUUUUAUUUUAAUCAUCGCUCAGUCAGUCACCCUAGCCAACAUAAUUUCAAAUGAUUAAAUUUCUACGUAGAGGCUUUAUUAGACGAGAUUCCGAACGUUCGAGAGCUCUGUCAAAAAUGUUACAAGUAUAAAACGCAAAGGAUCUUACUAUGAAUAACAGUAAGCGUUCACUCACGUUAAAAUGAAGAUCGCAGCUUUUCUAUUCUUGGUGAUAACAUUCGUUUACCGGUCUGAUGGAGCUGCGAAACGAGUCAAGAGAUCUGUCGGUUAUGAGUUGAUUGAGACCCGACUCGAGAAUCUGCAUAUAACAUUUGCAGAUUUACUUGGAAGCUUGAUUAACACUGUGAACAAAAAUCAAAACUUGACGGAAGCAAGGUUCGUUGAUUUCCGAAAAAGUGUUGCUGAAACAAAUUCUAAACUAUUGGAGAGAAUUGUAAAACUGGAAACGCUAGGAUCGACGUCGCUACAGAAUCAAAAGUCGAUGGAGGAUAAGAUAAUAUCAAAAGUUUCCAUUUUGGCCAAUGACACAAAAUGUUCCAGACCGCACUUCAAAUCUCACGUGCAUAAUCCCUGUGAAUCUGCCAAAUCAUCCGGUGUAUACAAUCUGCCUGAUCUCAACAAAAAUGUGUACUGCGAAAUGACGAAUAUGGGCGGUGGUUGGCUAACGGUUCAGUAUCGCAGCGAUAGUAAGCUUAGCUUCAGUCGUAGCUGGGUUGCAUAUCGGAAUGGAUUCGGAGGUCCUGACGCGGAUAACUACUGGCUCGGUCUAGAUCCGCUGCAUCAGCUCACAACCAGUGGGCAGUACGAGUUGGCUAUCGAGAUGGUGAACACUAACUCAACAUACAGAUAUGCUCGAUAUGCCCACUUUCAUGUAGCUGAUGAGAGCGAACAGUACAAACUUACAGUCCAUGGCUUUUCGGGAACAUUACCAGACAAAUUAAGCCUCCACAACAAUUUGUACUUCUAUACCCAUGACAGGGAUAACUCGGAACGAUGUGUAAAGCAAUUUCCUAGUGGGUGGUGGCUUACCUCCAAGGGUUCAGUUUGUUAUGAAACAAACCUAAACCUGGAUUAUAGUAAAAUCUUUUGGAGAGAUUGGCAUCACAAAGCAAGUAAAACUCGAAUGAUGAUUCGUCGUAGAAAGUACUAAAUUUAUUAUUUUCUCUCAAAAAGUAUGAAAAAAUAAAUCACAAUUGGAAUCAGUAACAAUAUGUGUUUUAAAACAAACUUCUUUAGAAUUUAAAAUUCUACAAAAGCUGUACAUGUUUAUGUUUAUUAAUUAUUAUGAAAUAUUUGAAGACGAAUAAUGUAACUAAAUCGGACAUUAACUUCAAACAAGGUUAGUUAAUAAACCUCUGUCUACGCACUAUCACACGUGUUAAUUUAAUUUUAUCUUUAUCAAAAACCGUGACUUACCUCUCUAUCCAAGCAACCAUAGCACACAAGCCCACUCACCCAGCCACUAUCUCACCUCGCCCCGUCCAACCCCACCCUCACCUCUCCU